GCUCCUUGGUAUGAAACGAGUUGAUCGCAUCAACACUUUCCCUGAGAUAAUAUCGCAUUUGUUGAUAAACAAAAACGAAUCGGGCUGACCUGUGGGGGCGUCCGUCUGAUUUUUUUGCGUCGGGGGCUGCUGUGUAAUGUCGACACCUCUCAAACUAAACGUUACUUUCUGGGACAUGCAGGACAAACCCAACAACGGAUACGCCAAAAACCCUGGACCAGUCCAGAAAAAAGCAACAAUCUUCAGUUCAUUACUUUCCAAGUACUUUAACCCUUUGCCGGUUAAGAUCGGAAUCGGUCUUUCCGUUCUUUUCUUAGUAUGGCUUUUCGACUCAGCCGAUACUAUCGGAGCGGCCCUUCCGUUCUUGGCUGUGGCCGGUGUCCACUUCUGGCACUCGGUCUUUUACCGAAAUCAGCUGACUGAUAAAAUGUCCCACUUUUUGCUAUGUGCCAAUGUGCUUGCAGAAGUUGUUGGAGGUUCUGUCUCAAGUGGAUUUGGAAUAUGGUCCAUAAUCCACUUUGCCAUAAUUUUCUUGACAUGUGCAGGUGUUGGUCAAGAAUCAACCAUGGCUUUGUAUGCUGGAAGUAGGCUUUUCUUGUGGGCCUGUUUGCCGUGGUUUCCAGAUAAUGUAAGGACUGUCCUGUGCUAUGCAAGUAUUUUGGCAGGCACUAUUGCAGCCAAAUACUUCGAGACGUUUAUGAUUACCCAAAUAUUGUCGGAAUUGAAGCUGUCUACACCAAGAAGAAGAAGAACGUCAAACAAUACCAUAUACAAUGCAUACAAGUUACGACGGACGUCGCUACCAGCAUUAGGAGGGAGCAACAAGGGUGUUCAUCACUCCUUUGCUUAUCAGGGCAGUACCUCAACAGUUGAUGUGGCUUUGCUAGCGGAGGCGCACGGUCUGGUGACAGAUAUGCUGGCAGAUCCUCAAUUACCUGCUCAUGUAGUCGGAGGUCUGAGGUCCUUGGCUGCUCUGCUGUCUCCACCUUCGCAAGUGGCUGUCAAUCACCGAAUCCAACGUCCCGGCGGUGCCAGCGUUUCUCUGGCGGACUUCAAUUCUGGAUCGGACAAUGAGGAGAUACCUUAUACAGGAGAGAAACCCUCUGCACUUUCGAAGAGACUGCGACGCAAUUUACCGCCUAGUAUUCUCCGGCGCAUGUCAACUAGCACCUGGACAACGACAACUUCUGCAACAGGAUUGCCAACUCUCGAACCAGAACCUUCCAGGAAACGUAGCACCAGCUUCCGACAUCCAACGGAUUCGCAGAAUACCUCUCCCAGGGGUGGAAGCAGCCCACAAACAGGAUGCGCUACAUCACCUAGUCGAUCUCAACAAGUUUCUAUACCUUCCUGCUCGAAAGGCCGCUCCCACUCGACCACUUCGAUUCCCUCUAGCGCAUUCAGCAGACGGAACUCUAGGGAAAGGAAGACCGUUUGUAGCCUCCAUCCUCUCACCAGUGCUGAGAUAGAAGCUUUCCACGAGGCACACGCACAAGGAGAAGAUGAUCUGCAGCUCUUCCAGAGACACAUGGUGGCCCAACGGGAAACCGAUGCCGAAACGACUGAGGAUGAUGAAGAAGGCGGCCAACCCUUGCCCCCUUUACCUUGCAUUCGAAGGGCACUCAAAGGCGAAGGGAUCAUCUCCUCCGACUACGAAAGCAGUAAUGAAUCUCCCGUGAGCAGCGAAAACAAUGAUCUUUUGUCUACGGAUGAUCAUUUACCGAAGUCUUUGGCGGUACAGACAGCUGUGCAGGACGUCAACCGAUGCCACGUAUGUGGAGGCAAGACUAAGCAUGGUGUGAGCGUAGAAGGGCCUUCGAGGAGCCCUAACUUGGAAGAUGUAACACCCACAGUACAAGAUACUACCACUGAGGAUGAUGGUCAUGGGAUCGUGGUAAAUGGUCAUCGAUACGAUCCAGAUGCUUUGGAUUCGGAUCCUCUACUGAACCGAAUUAACGAAUGGGAUUAUCCCAUCUUUGAGCUGAAGGAACAAGCUAAGGAUCUCGUACUGAGUCAGAUGUGUUAUAAAGUUUUCCGAGAAGUUGGAUUGUUCGAUGCUUUCAAGAUUCCCGUACAGGAGUUCCUAAAUUAUUUCCAUGCUUUGGAGUCUGGAUACAGAGAAAAACCUUAUCAUAACCGAAUGCAUGCGGCUGAUGUUCUUCAAGGUGUCUACUACCUCACGUCACAGCCAAUCCCAGGAUUCACACAAAUACCUUCAGAUGCCACAGAUUCACCACUGCAUAAGACAUCAGAAUCAGCUAGCGCGUCGAUGCAUAGGCCGAGUUUUGCUGCAGAAGUGAGCUAUGGAGUGAUGGGUGCUAACUACCCUGCUUUGGAGCUGAUGGCUCUGUACGCUGCCACUGCAAUGCAUGAUUACGAUCAUCCAGGACGUACAAACGCUUUCCUUGUUGCUACAUACGCACCGCAAGCCAUUUUAUACAAUGAUCGCUCUGUGCUAGAGAAUCACCAUGCCGCUUCAGCUUGGAAUUUAUUCCUGUCUAGACCAGAGUUCAACUUCCUGUGCCACCUGGACACUGCAGAAUUUAAAAGGUUCCGAUUCCUGGUUAUUGAAUGCAUCCUAGCAACAGACUUGAAGAGGCACUUUGAAAUUGUGGCCGAGUUUAAUGCAAAGGCCAAUGAUGAUGAUGCUCCAGGUAUUGACUGGAUGUCUGAAGCAGACAGGUUGCUUGUGAUGGAGAUGUGCAUCAAACUGGCAGAUAUCAAUGGACCAUGCAAGAGGCAUGAUAUUCAUGUUCAGUGGACGCGCAGGAUAGCUGAAGAAUUCUAUGAACAAGGAGACGAAGAAGCAGAUUUGGGCUUGCAGGUCUCUCCUUACAUGGACAGGAAAAAUCCUCAGCUUGCAAAGCUCCAAGAGUCUUUCAUAACUCACUUAGUCGCACCCCUCUGCAAUGCAUACGGUGAAGGAGGUCUUCUCCCUGGUGUAUGGGACGAAGAUUCAGAGAGUUCUGAAGAUACUGGUAGCUGUGAUGAAACAGAAAAUCAUAAUCUCAAAUGUACAGAAGAUUCGACUAUAUCUAGUGAUACUCUUGCUCCUAGUGCUGCUGAAGGAAGUCGUCCGCUUCCGAAUCGGAAAGUGAGAUGUUUGCAGACGAUUCACUUGCGUGAAAACUACGACUAUUGGGUGGAAGUUCACAAAAGAGAACAACAACAGGAGGAAGAAGAAGCAAAAAGCAAAGAAAAGAAUUCCGAAGAGGACAAGCAGCAAGGAGGAGAAGCUGAAAUGGAAACUAUUGAAGAGGAAGGAGCAUUGCAAAGGCAUUAUCCGACGAAAGAUGAAGACUGCUGAAUGAUUGCAGCCAAGCGGAGAUGCCCUCUAUUCCUGCAGAUAUGCACAAAUUGAUCCAAAACUGGACCGGUUCCAGUCGCAAAGCGCAGACGGUGGCUUGUAUGUGCCAUCCUGCUGUGUUCCCACGUCUUUUCACAGUGAUUUAGUGUGAUGUGUGUCUACUUAAGUGUUCAGAAAUAAGGAACGUAGUAUUAAUCUCAUCGUUUUGUGUUUGUUUCGAACAACGGUGCUCAUGACUAGUGAAGAAUUCAAUGUUAAAGCACCCUCAAUGUCUGUACGUCUUGAACGUGCUUGUAUGUGUAAAUCAUUAAUGUACUGGAUCUCGCCUCAUUGCCAAUGCUUAGUUUUUGUGUUGACAGUGUAUUUAUGAAGUGUUUGUGGCAGCUUGACAAGUUUUAAAUGGAGCGUAACGUGAGUGAUAUGGAUAUUUUUAUACGGUAUAUAUUGAGGCAAAAUUAGUAUAAACCAUGAUUACAUAUAUAUAAAUAUAUAUAUAUAUAUAUAUAUAUAAAUAUAUGUAUAAAUAUAUAUAUCUUAUUGAAAUGUCGAGCUUACCAAUAUAUCGUUCCCCUUCCCAGAUUGCUUUGUGUAUCAUUGUCGCUUUGCUCGUGUGUGUGUUAAUUGUAAAAUAGUCGUGUUCUUAAAAAUGAAACAAAUAUUAUGUCACAUAUAUAUGCCAUGGUUGCAAUCAAGUGUUUUGAAAUUCAUCAGUCAUAAUUUAUCAUCGUGUAUGUACAAAUGGAUUUUAUUUUAUGAUGUUUCCUCUGGACUGAGUUGUUUUAUUAUUCAUAUCAUAGAAUUACACAAUGGUUUUUACAAAUCAACUUUUAUUUAUAAGUUUUAUUUCCCUUUUUAUUUAUUGUUUGAAGAAUUACUGGUGAAUCACGUGCUUUUUAUUGAGAAGUAAAAGUUUUUAUUAUUUUUUUUCCGUUUAAAAAAGGUUUUUAUUCGGAAAUAUCAUGUUUGUGUUUGUACUUAUUUCAGGUUCAUGAGCACAAUCAUGUACGAGACACUAAUAAAAAUUUUACACUUUUAUCCAUUAUUAUAAAACAUUCAUCUCGACAGUUGUGUAGCUUAUUAUCAAAAGAUUAAAGUAUUAUUGGAAACAUUUUUGUUCCGCUUUAAAAAUUGUAAGGAUGUAUGUCCGUUUAAUAUAAAAGAAUUUCUAA